UCCAGCCUGGUUGGCAGCUGCGGCGCAGAGUCCAGCCGCUGGUGCGCGGAGCAGUUCGCUGUCUCCGGAGCGGUUCGGCCCAGCCAUUCGCCUAGGCGCCCAGGCCCGGUGCGCGCGUGCGUGAGCGCGCCUGCGCCGCCGGGGCCGCUGCCAGGGGGGAGGGCGGCCACUUCAGAAAUUACUCAAUGCUGAAACCUUUCAAAGCGAUAUUAGACACAUUGGAAGCACCAUGGAUGGGUUUUACGACCAGCAAGUCCCUUUUAUGGUCCCAGGGAAAUCGCGAUCAGAGGAAUGUCGAGGGCGGCCUGUGAUUGACAGGAAGAGGAAGUUUUUGGACACUGAUCUGGCUCACGAUUCUGAAGAAUUGUUUCAGGAUCUCAGUCAACUUCAAGAGGCUUGGUUAGCUGAAGCACAAGUUCCCGAUGAUGAACAGUUUGUCCCAGAUUUUCAGUCUGAUAACUUGGUGCUUCAUGCCCCCCCUCCCACCAAGAUCAAAAGGGAGCUGCACAGCCCCUCCUCCGAGCUGUCGUCCUGCAGCCAUGAGCAGCCCCUCGGUGCUAACUAUGGAGAAAAGUGCCUCUACAACUACUGUGCCUAUGAUAGGAAGCCUCCUUCUGGGUUCAAGCCAUUAACCCCUCCCACCACACCUUUGUCCCCCACCCAUCAGAAUUCCUUGUUUCCCCCACCUCAGGCAACUCUGCCCUCAGCGCAUGCCCAUGCCCCUGCCCCGGCCCCUGGAACUGGCCCAGUCCAAGCUGUGGGUCCUACGCCCACCCCUCAUCCGCUUCCAGAACCUGGACCACAGCCACAAACCUUUGCAGUCCCUCGACCACCACAUCAGUCCCUGCAGAUGCCAAAGAUGAUGCCUGAAAACCAGUAUCCAUCGGAACAGAGAUUUCAGAGGCAACUGUCUGAACCCUGCCACCCCUUCCCUCCGCAGCAGUCGGGCGUCCCCGGCGAUAAUCGCCCCGGUUACCACCGGCAGAUGUCGGAACCCAUAGUCCCUGCAGCGCCCCCUCCCCCUCAGGGAUUCAAACAAGAAUACCACGACCCGCUCUACGAACACGGGGUCCCUGGCAUGCCGGGUCCCCCAGCGCAUGGGUUCCAGUCACCAAUGGGAAUCAAGCAGGAGCCCCGAGAUUACUGCGUCGACUCAGAAGUGCCUAACUGCCAGUCAUCCUACAUGAGAGGGGGAUAUUUCUCCAGCAGCCAUGAAGGUUUUCCCUAUGAAAAAGAUCCCCGGUUAUACUUCGACGACACUUGUGUUGUGCCUGAGCGGCUGGAAGGUAAAAUCAAACAGGAGCCUACUAUGUAUCGGGAAGGACCCCCUUACCAGAGGCGAGGCUCACUCCAGCUGUGGCAGUUCCUGGUCACCCUGCUUGACGACCCAGCCAAUGCCCACUUCAUUGCCUGGACGGGCCGAGGCAUGGAGUUUAAGCUAAUAGAACCAGAGGAGGUUGCUCGGCGUUGGGGCAUCCAGAAGAACCGACCAGCCAUGAACUACGACAAGCUGAGCCGUUCCCUACGCUAUUACUAUGAAAAGGGCAUCAUGCAGAAGGUGGCCGGGGAGCGAUACGUUUACAAAUUUGUCUGCGAUCCGGAUGCCCUUUUCUCCAUGGCCUUCCCGGAUAAUCAGCGCCCCUUCCUGAAGGCGGAGUCCGAAUGCCCCCUCAGCGAGGAGGACACCCUGCCCCUGACCCACUUUGACGACAGCCCUGCUUAUCUCCUGGAUGUGGAUCGCUGCAGCAGCCUCCCCUAUGCCGAAGGCUUUGCUUACUAAGUUUCCGAAUGGCUGAGUGGCCAAACCCUAGAGCUAGCAGUUCCCAUUCAGCAAACGAGGGCAGUGGUUUUGUUUGUGUUCUUGGCUGUUCCUAAAGCUUGCCCUUUGAGUAUUAUCUGAGAACCCGAGCCAGCUCUGGACUGACACCCUUACACACACAGAUACCUUGGCUGGGUGUGGGAACAGGGAGGGGCAAAAAGUCACCCAGAGGUGGUGAUUCUGAUAAGUUUUCUGGAAGAGAUGGGAAUGGAGCCUUCUUGCCACCUUGGACAAUGUAUGCAAAGCAAUACCUUGUUCAGGUUCAUUACCCGCGAGACGGGACCAAGCGUGUGACAAUCUGCAUUGAUCAGAAACAGCUAAGUGUCUGUUAUAACACAGAAGGGCUCCAGUUUGCACAGUUUAUUGAAAAAGGUCACAAGCCCAUAGCAGAGGAGAUAGGCUUCAUUGAGGAGACCCUGAACAGGUCCAUUCUGAGAUUUGCAGAGCUCUUGCAUCUCCCUCUGGAUGCUCCCUCUUGGUCCAGGAAAGGGGAACUCAGGACAGCUGUUACCCACUCCGUGGUUCUCCAGUCAUAAACCAUCCCUUCUCUUGGGAAUCUUCCUGCCAUGUGGUCACCAAAAUAGAGCAAGCCCCCUCUCCCUGCCUAGUCACAUGGCUGAAGGUGGUUGGCUUUCAUUUUAGAAGGGCAAUUAACACUUUUGACAGUAUUUUGUUUUUGCUUUGAUUCGGGGCGGGGGUGGGGAUUGUUCUGUCUUGGUGGUUGUUUUGGGGGGAAAAAAAGUUUAUAAACUGAUUUUUGUAGUUUUGGUAUUUAAAGCAAAAAAACAAAAACAAACCUUUUGGUAACUGCACUGUGUCCCUUAGGCAGGGCCGUGCCAACUUCCUAUGAUGCCGCAGCUUGAGAGAGGCUUUGCUGGGGCUCUCCCUUGGGCGUGUGAAAGCCCGCUUUGCUGCCCGCCUUGUGCCCCCUGCACCAGACAACCUGACAGAACAUUCAUGCCCAAGUUGUAUAUUUUUGAAGUGUGCAGGGCAGCCUGGACACAAGCUUGGAUGGUUCUGUGUGUACAGCGCACCAUGCUCACUAACACGUGCCCUGGGAGGAGAUGUACAUACUACAUGUCAUGUCCAUUCGGAUCCUGGUCACCUGAUAGGAAUCCCAGGGCUGCUUCCUUGGGCACGACUGAUGGCAACUGCCAUUUCCUCAGUUUAUUUACGUUUUUCUUUCCAUCUUGGACUUUAAACCCUGCAUAACAAUUCAGUGGGGUUGGAGAUUUAACUUGUGACAUUGUCAGGUAAGACAGUGCUAGAGUUCUUGUUUCCUGCCACAUUUUUUUUUCCUUCAAGUUUCUUCUGAUUGCUGUAUCAUAUGGGUGAAGUUGAAAACAGCCAAGCUAAAGUGACAUGCGAGUUGAGCUCAAAUUAGAGGAGAAGUCACUAGAAAGUGCUAGUACCUUGCUGACCACUCGUGUUGGCACCGCCUCUGUGUGCCGUGCAGCUUGCUCAGCACAUAGAGAAUGACUGUGCUGUCCUCGUGUGAGACGCUGCUCCGUGAUGGUGCCCCAUGGUUCCCUGGAACAACCAGCAGCACGUUGGUGAAGUUCACAAGGACACAGAGUGUGUCUUACAGCUCUGAAAACCUGAGAUUUUCCUCUAUGGGCAGUUCGGUAGCCCACGAAAGUGUCACACCUGUUGCCUGGGUCUUAAUUAGCGUUGUAUUCUAAUCAAAGGACUCUUCCUAAAUCAUAUUUAUAGCUUUCUAAUCUACACAUAGUCUGUAUACAUAGAUGCAUAUUUUACCCCCAGCUGGCUAGGAGAUUUAUUUGUUGUACAUGCUGUAUAGAUUUAUUUUCCUUUCUUUACUUAGACUGGUUUGGGGUUUUUGGUUUGGUUUGGUUUGGUUGUUUUGUUUUCCGAUGAAUUUAUGCUGGCUUAGCAAUUAUGAAAAUAAUCUUCUGUAGUCUGAGCUGCCCCCUACCCUGCUGCAACUACGAGGCCUGUGCUCGCCGACAUAGGACGAAGGCAUCACCGUUGCAUUCCCACUGGACUCAUGCACCUCCCAGGUGGUUUUUGUUGUUUUCUUUUGGAGUCGUUUGGGGGUUGAUUCAUUUGCUUCUUUUCCAGAGUGUGGAAACUACAGUGCAGAAAGGCUUUAACCUGCCGGUUGAUUUUAAAUAACUUCCCCCUGCGCAGGGCUGUGUGCAUCCUGCCAAGCUGCGUUAUAUUCUGUACUGUGUACAAUAAAGAAGUUUGCUUUUCGUUUACCAA